GACUUGGGGAUCAAUUUGACCUCAGAGCAUCGCGGGACCGAAGCCAAGAGACGCCUGAGCCUUGCCCAGACGGAGUCUGAAGGAGUUUUGCAACUUUUCAACUUCGUCCACCCGGGACUGGUGAGCUUCAAUCUCCAGGCUGUCUUGGACCAUAACAGUUUCGAGAUGCGCACGCAGAUGGGCUUUGGACCCGGCUUCAGCUCAGAGCAGAAAAAGAUCAAGUUAGUGGACAUUGCCAACCAGUUCGCGGUGGUGCUCCAUGCCCUCCCAUGGCUGUCUGCGGGGUCCCGAAAAGAAGCCAUCAACGCGCUCCAGAACUCGCGUCCGGACGUGAUGCCUACUACGCUGAAGCCUGGUACUACAGUCGGAAUCCACAAUCGGUUUUUCAGUCAGUACCUGAACAUCCAUGCCCAUUUGGCCGUCCAUUCCAGCCACACACACCCUUUCGAGAGCGGCUACCCAGCGGGCUGGAUUUGGGAGCGGUUUACAGUCAUUGAUGCAGGCAAUGGGGAAAUUGCGCUGCACCAUCAGAGGACCAACAGCUUCCUCGGCGUGAACGCCCACGGGAUGUACGGCAUCCACAGGGCAGCAAGCCAGCUUCCUGCUGGGUGGCUAGACCAAAGGUUCGAAGUGGUGACAAUAUCCAACGGCUACUUUGGACUUUUCAACCGUCACAGCAAGAACUACCUGUCAGUCGGACACAACCAUGGCACAUAUAUCUUUCAUUCGCCGACGAAGGACCUCCCUCUUGGUUAUACUCACCAGCAAUUCCGCGCCCAUUUGGUCGAGCCCCUCUUGAAGCCAGGUGCUAUCGUGGUUUUGUGGAACAGCGCCCACCAAAAAUACAUGCGAAUGCAUGGUGGAGAUGUGGAUGUAGGCGGCUUCCAGCCUCAUCCUACCGCCUUCCAUCCUUCAUGGCAUAUGGAGCAGUUCAUCGUGGUAGACGGCGGAAAUGGUGAGGUCGCGCUUUGGAGUUGGAUGUACCAACGCUUCCUGACCAUGGAAGCGGAACCACACGCCCACUUGAACGGUGGUGUGAGAAGCUCUGCACCGCGAUCCAUGGAUGAUUUACCCGACGACUGGACUUGGGAGAGAUUCCAAGUGGUGCCUUUUGAGCACGGAUUGAUCGCCUUGUACAAUGCGCAUCACAACCGCUUCCUCCGCAUGACGAGCCAUCCGGGCUGGGCCAGUAUCGACAGCAGCUUGCCAGUAACCCCUGAGGCUUUGCCAGCUGGCUGGACAUGGGAGCGCUGGCAGGUCGUCGACGUCAGCCAUUUGCAUGUGGUUGGACCUUCAAUGGCCUGCGGUGAGGGACCGACGAGUUCAACGAAGUGGCACACGUUAGCAGUGGGAUCAAUCUCCGCCUUCUCCUCGCAAGCCCCGCGAGCCUUUCAAACACAACGUGAAGCAUGCGGAGGCAAUCUGCGUGCCUGCUUAAACAUACUGUCUUAA